AAACGCCAUAAUGUUACAGAUUACUUCAAUUGUGUUGGCUCUGUGCCUGCUUCAGUAUGCUGAAGCAGGCAAAUUUAUAACGGUACCAUUCAGAAACUGUACCGUAACCUCGCCUCAGUCAUUUAGAGAGCGACUUGAAGAAGACCGCAAUGCUUUAUCCUGUGUAGCUGUAACACCGUUAUCAAAAUUAAAUAGUGGACUUCCUUUCUGUGAAUGUACCUACGAUGGAGAAGGUACAAUCACCAAGCUUUUAGAAUUCAAUGCAAUUGUCUUUGGUGAUUUCACCACGUUUGGCGGUCAAGAUAUUCUGGGCAGAUUAGCUGUACAAGGAAACUUCAAUGCUCCCAAUUACGUCGUGAAUGCAAAUACCCAGCCAACGUGCUAUGGAGAGAACACAGUACCUUGGGACGAGCUGGCUCUGGCCGUAGGUGGCGACAUUCUUUCUAUUGACACAGAUGUUCAUGGCCACUGGUGGACUGGAGGCAGUGGCGCGGGACUUCAGCUUAACGAAGGAUGCGAUUCGCCUGCGAAUGUCGACACACCGUUCCCUUUCGAUGCCGUUCGCAGCGACGUGCUUACCCUGAGUCAGAAAAUGGCUACGCAAGUACCCGAUCUCCUUUUGCAGGAAGAUGGCGACCUAACCUACUACGAGGAUUUAUCAACCAAUUGUUAUCACGUCAUGACCCUAACGCCCUGUCAGCUAAACCCCCUGAUUUGUCUUCUUCUUGCCCAACAUUCAAGUCCGAAAGCCAUUUUGCUCGGCAUAGGAAAUUGGAAUGGUCCCAGUGACCCAUAUCCAACGGAUGGAAAGACUGUGAUUAUCAAUGUGCCAGUCUAUGACGGAACUACCUACGAGAUUAGUACCAAUCAACCCAGUCAAGGAGCUAAUUCAUGCAAAAUUAUUUGGAACUUCUAUCCGGUUGAUGCAACCGGCGCUUACCUUUCUACAGGAAGCUUUACUAUUAUUAGACACACUGGAUCUCCAUUUACAGGAGUAGUCAUUGCACCAUUGGGAGAUAUCAUUGAUGGCUCUUCAAGUGUCUUUGAGGGCAGAUUCUACGCAAAAUCGUAUAUGUGGGAGCACCUCAAUGGUGUCGAAAUCCACGAUACCCCGCCAUGCGAUAAUUACCACUUUUGCUUACCUGAUGUACAGUCAACAUCGGCUACAGGUAGACCGACUAAUGUUGUUCCUAACGUUGUCAGCUCGACUGUUCAGCCUUCAAUUACUACCGUUAGCAGCAGCAUUCAAACUCUGACUGCUUCUGUGCCAUUUAGCUCCGGCAGUAUAAGUUUUGAUUCAAGUGAAGGCGUUGUCAGAUCCACAACGACUGCACCUGCUCCCGUGACAACCAACGAUGCCAACAAUCACCAUACCCACACUGAUAACGACAAUGACUACCAUCAUGACUGGCAUCAUAAGGACAAGGAUGAUGAUAAAGACUGGCACAAAAAGGAUGACGACAAGGACUGGCACAAGAAGGAUGGUGACAAGGAUCACGACAAGGGCUAUUACAAGGAAGGGCACCAUAAGGACUAUUAUGGUGGAAAAUAUUGAGAGGCGGUUGAAAAAGGUCUCUUUUGCAAUUUAUAGAAUGAUAAAAAGUCCUGUCAUAGAGUUUUAGUUCAUUCUAAACCAGUAAUUAAAGCAAAUAAACGCUUUGCUACAGUAGCUGCAC